UCAGGAUAAAAGCAAAAAAAGGAAAAAAAAAAGAGAACACAAAAACAGCCGCAAACAUGGAGUUGCCACCAAUGAUAGACUGCAUACGCAUCGUCUUCGUGGCCAGCGUUCUCUUUUUCCUCUUUUUGGGCCUCAUAUAUCUCUCCAUUCUCAACUGGGCCAUGUGUGGAACCCCAGCACACGUUAAAAAGAUUACUCAAAAGCACUGGACUAAAGCUCAGGUCAAGGAGAGAUACGAGGCGAUCAAGGAGAAGCCAAUGACCAUCAGUUCCAUCACCCACAAACUUCCCCCACAACUACAGAGGCGCUAUAUCAUCACAGGCGGCUCCGGUUUGGUUGGCGGCUACCUCGUGCUGUUGUUGAUUGCCCGUGGCCAACCCCCAGAGAGCAUUCGAAUCGUGGAUUUUCAAAAGCCGCAUCGUAACGACAUGGUGGUCGGCCCUGCCGCCGAGGUGGACUUUGUCAAGACCGACAUCUCGUCCAAGACUGCCGUCGCCGAGGCCUUCGCGCGGCCCUGGCACCCUUCUGUUAAGCAUCUGCCACUUACAGUUUUCCACACCGCCGCCGUCAUAGUACCGUCAGACCGAUCCGAGUUGGUCUAUGGCCUGUGCCAGAAGGUCAACAUCCACGGAACCCGCAUCUUGGUGGAGGAAGCCCAGGCCGCCGGUGCCGAUGUAUUUAUCGCCACGUCUUCAGGGUCCGUCAGUAUAAGGCCUGUAGAGUUCUGGAUAUCGCCAUGGGAACUCCUAACCAAGGGACCUCGGUAUCACGCCCAGGUGCUGGACGAGAGCGACUUUUGGAAGCCAUUACGGCCGCACCACGAGUACUUUGGAAAUUACCCUGCGAGCAAAGCCUUUGCUGAGCGGAUAGUGUGUGGUGCCAACUCGGACAAGAUGCGAACCGGAUGUAUCCGUCCCGCUAAUGGAAUCUAUGGAAACCCAACCGAUAACAUCAUCGGCAGUCCACUAGCCAUGGGACUAUUCCCAUCAUGGACCCCUCAAAUCGCUCAAUCAUAUAUACACGCCAUCAACUGCGCCGUCGCCCACCUCAACAUGGAGGCGGCUCUAGACCCGGUCGACUCGGCCUCGCGUCCUCAAGCCGGAAGACCCUUCACGGUCACGGAUCCCAACCCGCCCAUCACGAAUAGAACGCUAUGGUCAAUGAUUUCGACCCUGAGCAUCACCAUGUUCCGGACCGUGCGUAUCCUCUGCCCCGUGCUGAUCCUGAUGGUCGCCCACGCCAUCGAGUGGUACGCGCUACUGCCCUAUCGCUAUCCUCGCUUCAAGCGCAUCAUCCCACCCCUGAACAACGACAUCAAGCACCUCAAGCCGCCGCUCUUCACCAUCACGACGCAUCUCAUAGCCAACCACCAGGGUGACGCCACCAAGCCCGUAAGCGAGGGCGGCAUCGGGUACACGGGGUUGACAACGAGCAUGGACGGCAUGAUCCAGGAGGUUUUGGAGUGGAACCAGGAGCACGAGGGCGUCAGCAGGAGGAACAGACGCAAGUACAUCAGCUCAGUGACGUUGGCCGAAGAGAUUAGGAAGCUGGGUGAGGCCGCGAUGGCGGUGGGUGGUUGAGGUGUUUUUCUUUUUCUUUUUUCUUUUUUGUUGGAGCGAAAAAAACAACAACAGAUUGGUUCGUUACAGUCACCAUUAUCACUCUUUGUUUUCUCUCAAUGGAGGUCUUUCUGACCGUUCACCCCCAUUCUUUUCUCUCACUUUACCCCCAUGUAAAUGUAAAUAGUUAACUAGGCUGCUUUAUUCCCUUUUUAUUUUUCUUUUCUUUUCUUCAUCUGUUUUGUAUAAGAGCGCAAACUUGGGAUACAUCUCAGUGUACAAACACGUGUAUAGAGCUGGAAUAUGGAAAUUCAAUGCG